UUCGUUCGUUCAUAGGGGCCGUGAACUUGGAGAAUUCACCCUCUCCACGACCUCCUCUUGAGUGUGUGUUCGUACACCUGGAGAUGCCCCGACAAACCCAAUGCCGGCCCCUGGCUCUUCGUAUCGCGGCACUACACGACGUCAUAGACCGAGCCGCCCCGACGUAGGAAUGGACGCCAUCGUUCCGCCUAGAGCCCCGUCCGCCUCUGCCGCCCGAACGAACCCGAAUCCGACGUCCGAGGACCGCCGCCGCCGGCGCGAUCGCCAACGAUGACCGAGGACGAGAAAGAGAGCAGUUCGAGAUCGCCGGCAUGCACCGCGUCAUCUGCCGACAAGACGGGAGGAGGAGGAGGCGGAGGAGGGUGCUGCUGUGGAACAUGUCGCAAGAAGAAGAGGAGGUCGCAUAAGAAGUCUCGCAAUGGAUGUCAGAACUGCAAAAGAAGAAAAGUCAAGUGCGACGAGGUCAAGCCCGAAUGCGGCAACUGUCUACGAUUCUCGAUGCACUGCGACUUCGCACCGUCGCCGCCAACGAACCAGAUCUCCCCGUCUCCCACCGCAUCGUCGCCGUUGACGCCGCCGCCGAGAAAACGGGGCCGUCCCCGAAAGGAUUGGGACGCCGUCCCGAAGCUGCCGGCUUCGAACGACUCUGGCUCCGAUGCGGCCCGCAUACAACGCACACCGGCUCCGUCGUCGGGUGAACCGGCCUUCCCCUCGCUCCUGAACUCCAGCGACCUCGAACUCCUACACCACUACAUGUGCCACACGGCCAUCACCUUGGGCGAGCCCCAUGUAUGGCGCGAGCACGUCCCGAAGCUCGGUUUCAAGCACCACUACGUGCUUCACAUGGUCCUUGCCAUAUCGGCGCAGCACCUCGCGAGACUCCGGCCAGCGCAAGCUCGCCACUACGAGACCCUCGCCGAGCGACACUCGACGAGCGCCUUGCCGGCCGUGGCGAGCCUCAUCCCGCGACUGGACAAGGACAACUGCCAGGCCCUAUACCACACCACCGUCCUGGUUUGCUUCUCGACAUUCGCAAAGAAGCCGACCCCGGGGCAUCUCCUGGUCGUUGCCGAGGAUGGCGAGGUUCCGUGGUGGGGGCUCAUGCGCGGCGUCCGCAUCGUCGUCCAGAACGUCGGCAUACAGACCAUCAUAUCAGGCUGGCCCGACGAGAGCGUCACCUUUGAGCAGCACUGGACGCACUGCCCUGCCCUGCCCGAACCCGUCCACAAGGCGGUGCUCUGGGAGACCCGCCUCGAAGAGCUGGCCGAUCUGGUGGCCACCACGCCCGAUCCCGAGCGGGAGAUGUUCACCACCUCGCUCGGGGCGUUGAGGGACUGCUUCAGGAUGACCUUCGGCACCGAGGCCGAGCCCGAAAAGCGCGUCCAGGGCCGGUUCGAGAUUGUCAUGCGGUGGCUGUACAACAUGGACGACGACUUCGUGGCCCGCCUGCAGCAGAGGCAGGCCCUGCCCCUUAUUCUUCUGGGCCAUUUCGCUGUUCUCGUUCAGUUGCUCGAACAUUUCUGGUUCAUGGAGGGAUGGGCGGAACACCUAUUGAACGGGCUGUUCGUCGCUUUGGAUCCUCAGUACGCCACCUGGCUCGAGUGGCCUGCUCAACAGAUCAGACGGACUGGAUCUGGAUCUGGGGCUACCGACCGCGGCAUCCUUUCGGUGCAGAGGAUGAUUGAUUGAUUGAGCGGGCAUCUUUCACUGUGUGACACCCAUGGGCCUUAGCCGCGUCGCCUUACAUCCACCACUCUCUCUAUCACAACCGAGCCGAGUCUCACGAGUGAUCGCCGACUCCUCUUCAACCGGUUAUCUAAAUGUCGUCAUUAUUGCAGCAGCAGCCUGGAGACGAUGAGGUCGUCUCAAUGCUCAUGUCCGGCACUUGUCGUCGCUGAAAUGCGACCCGAGAAUGCCACGCUUACCUCUUAGGAAGCUCCGGCAUUCUCUCCCUCCACCCAACUUGGAGGGUCAUGAUUCUAGGCUCUUUCAGCCGCCGAAGACGUGCUGAAGGACUCUUGGAAUUUACAUUUUGUGCGCGUCAUAAAUAGCUAUGGCGUAAACCUGGAAUCCUGGAAUUUGAGGGCUGAUUCCAUUGUCUUAUGAGUUUUCACUCAAGGCUGCCCUCUGCCAGUCAGCAGAGCACAGAGGAAGCACUGCUCAAACUUGGAACUUGAGAUACCCCAACAGCUGACACUCCCAAGACAAGAUUCUGACUUUGUCAGACUGCAUGAUGGAUUGAUGGUGGAUUAGAUGGCUAUUCGGGCCCUCGAUGAUGAACCAUUCCACCCGUUCCACCCGUCGAGCCUACUAGGGAAUCCGAAUCGGGCCAAGGAUCCCAUGUGUUCUAUGCACGCUCUCGUGCAUGCGUGUCGCUCGAUCUUCACCGCAACACUGGGAACAUGGCCAGCCUGUCUCCAUUCCUACUACCAGCUACCCGGAAUCGAAUGCUGCGGCGCAGUAACCAGGUUUCCGGCGCGGGGGAGGGCAAGGGCAGAUCGGCUGUCCAGUGGACCGGAUCCAAGCCAGGAUGCCCGCGAGGAUGAUAGGAAACCUUGUUCAAGCCAAGGGAUGGCCAGCCCAUGUACUGUACAGCCGGUUAUGGACCACAUUGUAGUGUACAUACUUGGAUAUGAGGAAACGCAUACCCAUCAUCGCUAGAGAACCCCCUCCCCCAUGUUGAACAGCCAGCCAAA